AUGAGCAUCCUCCCAACGCCUGGCCGGGAGCUAAUGAAGAGGCACGCACCCCCUCAGCCCGACCCGACAGGGGGCGUAGACAAAACGCAGGCGGCUCGAGACUUCCACUCGUGGCUCCGGGUAUGCCCUGAAGAUACCCUCAUCGUCUACACUGACGGCUCGCAGAGCGAAGACGGCGCCUGCGGGUAUGGGUACUCAGUGUGGCUAGGCCCCAGCGAAGUGACCUACGGCAGCGGUCGGGUCCUACUCGCUGAGGUCUACGACGCAGAGGUGGAAGGCGCCCUCGAGGGGCUUCGAGCGGCACUCACGUGGUCCCCCAGAACCCCGGACCAGCAGUGGCCGAUAGUCGUCUGCCUUGAUAACACUGCGGCUAUAAGAGCCAUACGAGGCAGCCCAUCGAUCUCGUCGCAAGCGGCUGCGGAGAAGUUCGCUGAGGCCGCGGCUCGACACGGAGAUGUCAGCACGCGUUGGUGCCCCGGCCAUACGGGGAUCGCCGGCAACGAGCGGGCCGACCAGCUAGCAAAGGAGGGCUGCCGGGCCGAGGGUCCGGACAGAUCGCCGACCUACGCGAACAUCAAGAGACAGGCCAAGGCUGCGGCCAGGCGCGACUUCCAGGACUGGUGGGCCGCGGGGCCCUGA